AUGGCUGAGCAAGCAAAGUACUACGAGAUGUAUCGCAAUGCGAGCAUCGGCGGCACACUCGCAGAUACCCUCGACGACUUGAUCAGCAGUCGUCGCAUCGAGCCCCAACUCGCCAUCAAAAUCAUGACAAACUUCGACCAAGUCAUCGCUCAAGUGCUCGGGGAGAAGGUCAAGGCCAGAAUGAGCUUCAAGGGCCAUCUCGACACUUAUCGCUUCUGCGACGACGUCUGGACUUUUAUCCUCAAGGACAUCAAGUUCAAGCUUGAUAACUCGCAGACUAUCGAAGUCGAUAAAGUCAGAAUCGUCAGCUUGCUGAACGCAAACUCGCCACACAACAACGGAAAGAAGUAA